CUAAUUCCCUAGGGGUGGGUUCGUAUAGCAGCAGCUGGAGGAGAAAGACGAGAGGGGGGGAAAGCUCCGACCUCCUCCAGAUUUUACAAGAUCUGUGACAUUGUGGACCUGCUUGAUAGUCAUCUCACUCACAUAUGGCAGAGAAGGUGCCUUCGACAAUUCAGGACACAAGUACAGUUGAGGAUGGCCAGUGCCAAAAUGUACAGGACUCAUCUCUUCUUGCCACCCACCUGAAAAAAGUGGAAAACCACAUCACUGAUGCACGGCGCUUCUGCCAUCUUCCAAAAAGGUCAUCUGUGGACAUUGAGUUUAAAGAGUUAUCUUAUUCCGUGAGAGAGGGACCAUGCUGGAGAAGAAGAGGAUACAAGACACUUCUGAAGUGUUUGUCCGGCAUGUUCUGCAACAGAGAGCUUAUUGGAAUUAUGGGACCGUCUGGUGCAGGAAAAUCCACAUUAAUGAAUAUUCUAGCAGGAUACAGGGACAGUGGAAUGACUGGUGAAAUCCUGGUAAAUGGAAAGCUGAGGGAGCUACGAACAUUCAGGAAGAUGUCCUGUUAUAUAAUGCAAGAUGACAUGUUAUUGCCACAUUUAACAGUCAAGGAAGCCAUGAUGGUCUCUGCCAACCUGAAACUCAACGAGAAGAUGGAUGUAAAAAGAAAGUUGGUAAAUGAGAUUUUGACAGCACUGGGUCUUCUUGAAUGCUGUGGAACUCGUACAUUAAACAUCUCGGGGGGUCAGCGCAAGCGUUUGGCUAUAGCCCUGGAACUGGUCAACAAUCCUCCAGUCAUGUUCUUUGAUGAACCAACUAGUGGUUUGGAUAGUGCAUCCUGUUUCCAGGUGGUGUCACUACUGAACUCUCUGGCACAAGGAGGUCGUACCAUCAUUUGCACCAUACAUCAACCAAGCGCCAAACUGUUUGAGUUGUUUAACAAGUUGUAUAUUCUCAGUCAGGGUCAGUGCAUAUACCGAGGGUCUGUAACUCACCUUAUUCCAUAUCUGAAGGGAUUAGGAUUACACUGCCCAACCUACCACAACCCUGCUGAUUUCAUUAUUGAAAUAGCCUCAGGGGAAUAUGGAGACCUCAAUCCGGUAUUAUUUCGAGCAGUAGAAGAUGGACUGUGCCCUAUCCACAGGGAAAAGAGUAAACCAUCUAUAAUAGAACUUGACCUGUGUCCCACAGAUACAUCUGGCCACAUUGAAAGUCGCACCUUCGCCACAAGUUCCAUGAACCAGUUCUCCAUCCUCUUUAGACGCACAUUCGUUUCCAUCCUGAGAGAUACGGUCCUGACUCACCUGCGUUUCAUGUCUCACAUAUGUAUCGGGGUUUUGAUUGGGCUCCUGUACCUGCACAUUGGAGAUGAUGCCAGCAAAGUGUUCAAUAACACAGGCUUCCUGUUCUUCUCCAUGCUCUUUCUUAUGUUUGCAGCUCUCAUGCCCACUGUACUUACCUUUCCCCUGGAGAUGUCUGUGUUUCUUAGAGAACACUUAAACUAUUGGUACAGCCUGAAAGCGUAUUAUCUGGCCAAGACAAUGGCAGAUGUCCCCUUUCAGAUUGUGUGUCCUGUGGUAUACUGCAGUAUUGUAUAUUGGAUGACUGGUCAGCCCAUGGAGGCUACACGUUUUCUGCUUUUUACUGCUCUUGCAACAUCUACUGCUCUUGUGGCCCAGUCUCUGGGGCUUCUCAUUGGUGCAGCUUCCAACUCUUUACAGGUUGCAACCUUUGUUGGUCCAGUAACUGCAAUACCUGUCCUAUUAUUCUCAGGCUUCUUUGUCAGCUUUAAAACUAUCCCGACUUAUCUGCAGUGGAGCUCCUACAUCUCAUAUGUCAGAUAUGGAUUUGAAGGUGUAAUCCUGGCGAUUUACGGAAUGGACCGCGCUGACCUUCAAUGCACUGAACCUCCUUGCACAUUCCAGCAUCCCCAACAAGUUCUGCAGCAACUAGAUGUUGAGGAUGCAAAGCUAUAUGUGGACUUUCUAGUGCUGGGAGGGUUCUUUAUUGGACUUCGCCUCCUCGCUUACCUUGUGUUGCGUUACCGUGUAAAGUCUGAGCGGUAG